AGAAGAACAAAAAUAUGAAAGAUAAUUACCAGGGAGUAGUCAUUAACUGCAUGUGAUGAUAUACAUUUUUAGUUGAUGUUUGUCACCAUUCUUUAUGUAAAACUAGAGAAAUAAAAAGCGGUCUUACUUUGAUCUAACAGUCAAGACGACCACAGGUAUGAUGAAAGCGGCAAUAAUGACACCAAGCAAAACUCCACAGAUGAUUGCUAUUAAAGAGGACAACAGUGUAACAGAUGGAAAGUCAUAGAUUAGACACUAAAUGAAAAAUAAACUAUUUCACAACAUUUGUAUGCAGAUAAUUGUAACCAGAUUGAACCUGAAUUAUUGUAUAAAGAACAGUUUGGUCUGAAGCAAACAGGGAUCUUUUUUCCGCUUACAUGUACGAUAUAAAAUAAGAAAUUAUUCCAAGCAAACAAAAACUUUUCAAUAUGUUGAAAUAUUACACAAUCAUGUCUACUCACCAAUAGGAGUGUCUGGCUCAUCCUCCUCCGGAUCAUCGCCAUCAUCUUAGAACCAAGACAAUUAACAUCAGCGUGUUUAAAAACAUGAUCAAAUGUGCUAUGUGUGUUUUUGAUAGGAGCAGUGUUAUGAGUCUUUCAUACUAAAAUAUGCAUUGACAUAUAGAUAUUUUAUCAGCAGCUCUUUACACAAGAGAGAGAUGAUUUGCACUCACCAUGGAUGCCAGCACAUGUAGAGUUGCAGCUGCCUUGAUCGAAAAAUCGGUUUCCAUUUCCAAUACAACCCGACCAGAUGAACUUUUUGCAUUUGUCAUGAACAGAAUCAUAAUAGUAUCUCAAAAGCUGACCCCUACAUUGACCUAUGGCCUUUUUAAAGUGGCAAGCUAGAGAUUCUGUGAAGAUAAAAAACAAACAAACAUCUACAUUAUCAUCAUCAUCAUUCAUCGUCAUUAGUAGAAUUCAUAGCAGUGGCUGCAGUUUCUGAAAUACAAAAAACAUGUGUGACUGAUUAUAUUCAACUAUCAAACCAUCAGAGUUUUAUAUCAAUAAAACUUUAUUAAGGAGGCUUGCAAAAAGCCUCAGGUGUAUUCAAUCAUGCUCAAACGUAGACCCACUCUUUCACCACUUGGUGGUGCCCUGCUAAUACUCAAUUUGUCCUACAGUUUCAGAAGAAAUACAGGUGUGAUGAAAUUAGAUUAUUUGGGUCCAUUUAAUCAACACACAAAUUGUCAUUGGUACUGAUCACAGGAUCACUGAUUUUGAAAACCUUAUUAUUAAAUGAUCCUCCUCAAGCACCCCCCCUCUCAGUUGCAAUUGAGGAGGCUUGAUGAUCAUGUAGCUUUUCCUAUCAUGGUCCUUUAGGCAAUAAAACGUAUUAGCCAGUUCAUGUUCCAAAGUCCUCCAGAAGAGGGAAUUCAUUUUUAUUUUUUUUUACUCUGGGAUCAUCUACUUUUAGGCAGCCUUUGAAGUUACAUUAGACAUUUUGCAUAUUCAAAUUGAGUAUUAGUGGUUAAACAAAACAAAUGAUUACAUAAGACUCGUGUAUCUACAGUAUAAAUUAAUCACGUGAAUGAAAUCGUCUUACCGUCCGUGGGGUAGAUAUUCUCUGCGUUGGCAGAACAGUUUCUUAUACACUCUCUCUCAUUUACAAAGCGGUUGCUGUUUCCACCUUCCCCAUUGUACAUGAAAGGAUUGCACUGAUCUUUGGUGUGAUUAUAAUAGAACGCUACGAUGAACUCCAGUCCAUUGCCUGCACUUGGGGGCAACUGACAAAAACCUGUUGGAUGAGAAAAGUAAACUGUGAGUUAGAGAAGUUUCUUUUGGACAAAGUGAUUUGUUUUACAAGCAAUGACUGAACAAUAUGUGGGUGAGAAGUACUGUUGGCCAAUUACAAGCUGGUGAGGAGACCAUUGUACAGUUACUGUAUGAUAAAUGCUUCAGUAGAAAUCCUCAACCGAUACCACUGUUUGACAUAACUAAUGCCUAACUAACCUCAUGACCACAGACCCACUCCCUCUUUUUAUGACAGCAAUAAAGAGAGUCAUUAUAUUUUCAGUCCUCCCUCUCUUUAUACAUUUCACAGAAGGGAAGUGGUGUCAAAUGGUUCCUUUGCCCAGAAUGCAUUUGAUUUUAGAGGGAAAACUUAACUAACUGGAUGCUUAAAAUGUGGACCGUCCCAAUAAUUUACACUGUUGUGCAGUGAAAAGAAGUUGCAUGAUGGCAUUGUCUACCUCAUCAUGCUUAUAACAGUCGGCUCCGACAGAAAUAAUCUCAGUGUUUGAAAGUUUGGAAUUACAGAGGGGGGAAUUGUCCAGUCAACUUAGUCCAUUCGUUAACCGUGUGUAAAUAAUAUUUCCAGGAGAGUAAAGACCAUCUUUUCUUUUGUUUGGUCACAGCUGAAGACAAUCAUUGUUGGCUUCAGUUGCAGGUUACAACGUGAACAUGAAGUCAGUAAAAAAGGUACAGUACAAUCAUAUCCUGCUGAAAGAUGCAAUCUACACAAGGUCCACGUGACAGAAAAACUGAAAGAUCUAAGCGAAAAUGUAACCCGCCAUGUUGCACUGAUAGGGGGGAAGGUGAAGCUUUAUUUCCUUGAAUCAGUUUCAGUGAGACUAAAACACAACAUAUAACUGAAUCUAUGAUAGACAAAAUAUGUCAACCGCAAUUUUUUAUCCAAUUAUGUUUCAAAAAGCAGCACUUAUAUCCAGGCCCUAUGUGCUGAUAGUCUGGCCUCUCUUGAAAAGUAAUCAUAGGGUCUAUAAACUGAUAUUUGGUUAAGGUUUAAAACAAAGAGUCAUUUUAGAAGAGAGUCGUUUGAUUUACCUGGAGUGCUUGUCUGGCUGACGUGGAUUAUAGCAACAGCCAUCCCCAAAAGCAAAAGGUGCUUCAUCUUGCUGCUCGUCUUUGUCCCGUCUCUCCUGGAGUGUGUAACGGUUGUAAACUACAGUGGGAGUGGGUUGUUAUUGCUGACCUUUGGACAGUCAUUUGCCCAACGGUGACACCUUCAAUCGAAACAAAUGUUAACGUAUGUGAUAGUCCUCUUCCUCUUUUUCUUAACCUUAUUGUAGAAUAGGGUUGCAGUUUCUUACAUGAGGGCGUGAUACAACAAGCUCCAUAUGCUCUUUAUGAGUGUCAAAUGUGUGGUUUAUCAAUAUAUUCAUUGCCUCUGACUGCUCAGUUUCCUAAGCCUAAUUCAGGGAACACAAAGGCUCCAGGUAAACACCUGCUAAACUGCCACAGCAUACACAGGUAGACUGAAAGAUAUGUGAGUUUGUAGUAGAAGAGUUGCAAGGUUUUUAAAAAAAAAUUAUGGAGCAUGUUAUGACUUUAUCCAUCCAAACCAAAAUGACUGCAAAUGCAGCGUGCUGGACUUCAGAGCAUUUGUGGUGCGUUCAAAUCCCCCUGUCGCAGAAUUACCUCAGGAAGUUACCCAUUCCUUUUUAUGGUUGUCAUUUGGGCUAAAAUACUCACAGAGAAAGACUUUGCUCUUUAAUAUGUGAUCUUCAUGAGUGAAAAUAAAGUGAAAAUAAAGAACAGAUGUCAUGAGAAAAAAGUGCUCUAUAAAUGAAAUUUAUUUUUAUUAUUAUUAUGAAGAAUUAGGAAUUAUAUCGGUGGAGCUUCUCAUUCAUCCAGGUCCUAGUUAUCCAAAGGCAAUGAAUCCGGAGCAAACGGGACUUGGUUGUAGUUUCUUGAAGACGUUUCACCUCUCGUCCAGAAGGCUUCUUCAGUGCUAACCAAGUUGUGGUGGAACCCAGGCAGUGCUCAGGAGUGCUCCAGGCUGUUUUAACAAUGGUCGUGAAAGUUGUUCAGUUGACUCCAACAAGCGUAAACCCUUUAACAAGCAUUGCUGACACAGUCUAGAGCAACUUUGGAUAAUUUGAAGGAUGGAUGGAUGGAUAGAAAAGCAGCAUAGCUAGAGGUCUGCGGUAGAACUGGUAAGUCCGUCAAGUUUAUGUAGUUCAUUGGAUUUGCUUAUAUUCUGUGAAGUAAUUGUGCUGAUUCUCUGCAAUGUCACCCUGACCCUUACAAACUCAUUAACCAUGGGUUGGUAAAGCAAAUGAAGGGCCCAGGUAGGAAGGAAACGGUCAAUUUGGUCAUUUUUAGCACAUACGUCAUAGUUUGUCACUGGUUUGUACAGAUAAAAUUAGGAGACGAGAUUGGUUUUUAAAAAGAUCAUUGCCCAGGUUGUGUGAAGAUUGAGCCUGGUGUUGUGCCUGUUUCCCCAUCCAUAUGUUUCCCCUUAAACCUCACCCCAACCAGCUGUUUUCAAAGACGUACCCUACACCGAAGCAAGUCAUCUCUAACAAGUCUCACCACAACCUGACAAUGUUCAACGUAAUUUGGGAGGGAAACCCUUUUUAACGGGAGUAGACUUUGACAGGGUACCUGUUCACACCUAACAUCACCAGGACCAGGGGGUCCCAUAUGUGACAGUGUGUUUUAAAUGGUUUUAUAAACUGACACCUGUGCACUAAUUUAAGCGAAAGGUUCCGGGCAAAAUAAUCAAAACAUCUUUCCACCUUUGAGAAAGGUUGACACAGAGGGAGGAAUCUAAAUGUCAGACGUUUCUCCGUUUGUUGGGUUUGUGGCGCCAUGGUGUUCAGACGGGGCCGCACGUCGUGAAAAGGGACCAUGCACGGCAGCAGUCUGAACUCGCCUGCCCGUGGAGCCCUCACACCUCACCUGUCAGCAUCGCUCCUCUGACUUUUCCCGCCGACACUGGAACAAUCCGGCGCGUCGCAAAGUGUGCCGCUCGACCCCGGCGCACGUGCGCGCGUGCCGCUCAGCAACUCCCGCUCUCUCCAUCCGUCGGCAGACGGAACCCGAGGCGAAAUGAGUGACUGGGCUCCGAUGCGGUCGAGCUGUCACUCUCCGGUGACCAGAUGAAGGCUGGAGGCUGGUUAUUUUUUUUUUUUUUUUUUGGGGGGGGUAUUUUGUUUCGUUUGUUGUGGCUCUGACGUCAGUGCGAGCUACAACGAUGCUGACGACAUGGGUAUAAAAGCUCUCGUGCUCCAAGCUCCUGCUCCUGCUCCUGCUCCGGGUUGACAUCAGACUGAGGGGAUCAAGAUGAACCGUCCGAGCUUCACGUCCAUCCUUUUACUCCAGCUGACUCUCCUAGCUGGGCUGCAUGGUGCCAAAUGGACAUACAGUGGGCCAGAAGGAGAGCACCACUGGCCCAAGAAUUAUCCAUAUUGUGGUGGAACUUUCCAGUCUCCAAUAGACAUCAAGUCAGAGCUGCUAAGGUUCGACCCAUCUUUGCGUCCGAUUGAGGUGCAGAGCUACCACCUUUCACCCAAUGAGCAGCUCACUCUUGGAAAUAAUGGACAUUCAGUGCAGAUCUCCCUGCCCUCUGAGAUGCACAUCUCCAGCCUGCCUCAUCGUUACACUGCAGCACAACUGCACUUCCACUGGGGCUCCCCCGGCCGACCUGCCGGCUCCGAGCACACGGUGAACAGUAAGCAGUAUGCAGCAGAGAUGCAUGUGGUCCACUUCAAUUCAGACAAGUACCCCAACAUGUCCAUGGCUGUGGACAAAUCUGACGGCCUGGCGGUGCUGGGUGUCCUGAUUGAGGUUGGUGAGUUCAAUCCUGCGUUUGAACAGUUUAUAAAGUUCAUCAAUGGGAUUAAGUACAGAGAUCAGAGAGUGCAGGUGCCCGGUUUCAACAUCAGGGCGCUGCUGCCUGCACGUUUGGAUGAGUAUUAUCGCUACGACGGGUCGCUGACAACUCCUCCGUGCUAUCCGAGUGUGCUGUGGACAGUGUUCAGAAAUCAUGUGACGAUAUCUCGCAAACAGUUUCUGGCCCUGGCAACAGCCCUCUACUCCUCCCAUGCCCAGGACUCAGCCCCUGUGCCACUGAAUGGCAACUACAGGAAACCACAGCACGUGGACAGUCGAGUCGUCCUGGUAUCAUUUAAGGAGGGCAGAGGACUGCAUGGUACUCUCACAGUCACAUCUCCACUCAGGAGGAAGCAAGUCGUUCAGCAGCUGCUGGUCGGCGACUUGGCAGACCUGGCUGAUGAAGGGCUCUAUCAGCUCCUACCAAGUGGCUCAGAGAAGCUCCAUGCUGGCAAAAAGAAAGACCUCAAGAACCAGCAGAGUGAGACUCUGGCCAAGGCAAAACAACAGAUGCUGAAGAAGAGCCACACCAAACACUCUGUGGGAAAGUUGGGGCUGGCUGAACACACACUCUGCUACGUCUCACUGGAGCAGAGAGUUUUCCAUCAGCUCAAACAGUCCCACACUGAGAACCUGCUGGUUCACACACUCAGAGAUGCGGUUUUCCCUCAGCUCAACAUCAAGAGCUACCUGGACUGUAAGUCAGAGUUAGCCCUGCCCACUAUCAGACAUAUCCUCCGUGGACGGCCAACAGACGAGGCCUCUGAGUUGGAUCACUCUCUGACAAAAGCCUUGAUGAAGCCCAAGAAGGCUUACACAGGAAUCAAGGAAAGUGAGCCAAUGAAAAAUUAUGGUAGUCUCUCCCCUGCUACUGUUCCCAGGAAACCACACAGCCAGGGUUAUCCACAUCCUUGGCUUCUGCCAAUGGAGUGGGAGGACUAGAGAGAUUCCCGACAUAGUCCAGAAUCACGUUACGUCACUUUCUGUAGCAGACAUCAGUUUUGUGUCCUACAGUCGAUGACUCAAUUUUCAAGCCACCCUCUGCAUUCCCUUGAACCAAUGUUUCUCACUAACGUAUUUAAUAUUUAAAUUAUUCUUUCCAGUAUGUGCACAUAAUUAUAUAUUCUAUAUGAAAAAGACUGAAGUAUGAGUUAAUUUGCUGAAUGUAACUGUGGAAAGUGCUGCGUACUGUAGGCAGAUUCUAAAACAUUAAGCCGAUCUGAGUAUGAUAUUUUGCAAAAGUGAGAAAUGUUUCUUCUUUCACAAUGACCUAUUGAUCCGUUUGUGUAAGUUUUUCUUGCCAUACGAUGCUUUAGACAAAAAAAAUCUAGGAAACCGAGCACAUAUCUCGUGCUAGGAUAUCUAUAUGCAUCACGCUGUAGUACAUGGAGUACACAAAUGUCUGGCAAGGAACAUUUACAAUGUUAUACUGUAUGCUUAUUUCAGUUCUAUAAUAUGAUAAUUGUGGAGCUAACUUGUCAUUAUUGCCUUGCACCAUAUAGAGAUACAGCCAAACCAAAAGAAUUUGCUAGAGCUUAAGCGCUUUACAUAACAUCCCUGUCUUUUCUGACAUUUUUGUCUGUUGUACAAUUUGUACAGCGAUCUACUGUAAGUAAAGAAACAGCUACUGCACAGUACAUAGUAACUAUUUUCAAUAAAAGCAUUAUACUUGAA